AUGUGGCUUGUGUUAAAAGAUUCAGGGAUGUGGAAAGAACAGCAAGCGUUGGAGAACGCUGAAAAGGGUGAUGAACCGGGAAAUCAGCGUGAAAUUGAUCGCCGUAGUGAUCACCAGCAACAAGAUUUGGCAGAAGAGGAAUUUGACGAGGGGUUCUGGAUUAAGGUAAUAAAGUUGGAAUGUUAAUUUCAUUUGUAGAGCAGUUUUUUAAAUUAUUUUUUUUAGCUCUUUAGCGUAGCGUUUUAGCCAUCUGAUAAAUCCUUUGGUAUUGCCAGAGCUUGAUUUUAUGACUAGGUUCAUCAGAGGCAGAGCGAAAGUUUGUCAUGGAACAGAGCUAUGGGUGAAGUUCAUGUUGAAAGAAUGAUUCAGAAGUACAAGGACAGAGGGGAAAUAGACCAUGAGCUCGAGGAUCCAGCACUUGUGAUGUUAAAACAGUGGCCAGCUUCUAAACGAUACCAAGAUAACCCUGAUAAACUUCCAAGCCUUGAACAGCAGGCAUGUAGGAUAGGUUUUUGUACAUACGGGAAUUUACUUGUCUUUCUUCUGCCCAACCAGUCUACAAGAUUCAGGAAAUGUAUCAUUUUUAUCAUUAUUAUUAUUACUGUUAUGUUACUGAAAGAUUGUGUCCUUCAAUUGUGUUUUGCAGAUCAAUCAGCUUUUGGAGAUUCUGUUAGAAAGUGAACUAAAUUCGGAAAAGCGAUAUGAGAAGUUCAGAGAUACUGGGGUCAAAGCUGAGAAAACAUUGAUGCACUAUGCAGCAGAACUUGGCUUUUUACAUGUCACCAAAACACUUGUGAAGAAGUGUCCUCUGCUGCUUACCAUGACAACAGAAGAUCAGCGAAAACCUGUUAAAAAAAGAGCCAUGUUACCAGUGGAACUGGCAAUAGAGGCAGAGAAAGAUGAUGUGGCAGCCUAUUUGAUUAGAGUUAUGUGGUAUAAAAGGUGAAAAAAAUGUGCUUAACAUUAAGAUCAAUGCAAGUUUCUAAAUGGACAAAUCUUACAGCAAUGGGAUAUUCAAAGACUUGAGUUUCCUGUUGCUGGAAAAUUGUGAUUACAAAGUCCAGAUUGAAAGAAUAUGUAUUUAUGAAGUAUUAUGACCAUCAGUUUUCUUUGCAAACAAAAUGAUUAAUGAGUGAAUACAGAUCUUUUUGUAUUCCUAAGUGAGGGAACUUAGUAUGCCUGCUGUGAACAACCUGAUAUAUUGAAAUACUGGAAACUUACCUUCAAAGUAAAUAACUUUAAUCUCCUGCUACUUUUAGAGUUCAAAGCUUAUUUUCCUGGACACCAGAUGAUAUGGUUAAUCCAGAACCAUCCUCCUUCAGUUUCAAGGCAAUCAUCCUGAAUCCUAAAAUGAAGGUGAGAUUGUUGUAUUUGUAUAAUCUUGAAUAAAUCACAGCUUUGAUUUUAUUUCCAUAUAAGCAUUUUGAUGGAAUAAGAAAAGCUUCUUGUGGAUCCUUACAAAUGAGUUCAGCAAUUUUCUUUGCAUAACGUUUUAAAUAUAAGCUCAAAGUUGCUACUUUUUUUAAAAAAGAUCUGAGAAAUCACAUCACGUAUCUGAUAGAAGUCUGUCAUGAAACAUAAUUUGCAUGAAAAGAAGGAACUGCUUGUAGUCAAUGUAUCUGAUUAUGAAAGGUGAAGUGGGGGCGUGGUGUUUGCCAUUGGGAAACCUUGGUCAGUUAUUUUAAAGCCAGUAACAGAUUUCAUGUAAGUCACAUUUCUGUAAAUUUUCAACGAAGUGGCUGUAAGUUUGAAUGAAGACAUUUGAGUGGGAAAUUUGCUAUCCUAUCUCAGUGUCCUAUUUGUGAGUCUGAUGUUAUCUGUUUGUUCUUAUCCAGUCUAUGGCCAGUAUUAAUAGCCACAAAGGCUCAUAAAGAAGGUGAAUUCUCUAGAUACAAAAAUUUUUAUCUUCACUCCUGUCAAGUUCUUGAUAAGAGCAGAAAAGAUUAUCAUCAUCAUCAUCUUUGUUCUACUCAUCAACAGCAUCAUUAUCAUUACUAUUAUUGUCCAUACAGCUUGCUUAGGUUUAAAAUGAGCUAUUUACUAGGCAAACACCUAUUUAAAUAGGUAGAAACCAAAUAUUUUGGACACUUCAUCAUCAUCUGGAUAAACGAUGAUGACCAAGCGAUGAAGAUGACCUGGUAAUGAUUAUGACCUUGUGUCAAAAAAUGUUUCAGUUUUUACUUUUUAAAGAUAUUUUUGCCUAGUAAAUAGCUCCGUAUUAUUACCAUUGUUAAUGUUAUUUUUGUUAUUUGUAUUUGUUGUUUUGUAGCAUACAGCUGUGUGACAAAGAUUAGAUUGAGCAUUACCUUUUGGGCCAAUCAUUACUUUUUUUGGUACUUUUUACUUACAUGUAAAAUAGAAAUAUUUUGAUGGAAUAGGCUUUGAUCUCCAAUCGCUCUGACGAAGGGCUAAUGCUCAAAACAUCAGCCUCUAAACUCUUUACAGUGGCCAAUUUACGUUUUCAACUCAGGUGAUAAUACUUAAUUACCCUGUUGUACUCUCCCAUUGACACAGCCUCACAGUUUCCUUGAAACUUACCCCCUUAAUUCAUAUGAUCUAUGCUGUUUACAGAAAACAGUAGUGGCUGUGUUAGACCAGAUGAUGAACCCUCAUUGGCCAUAUCUUCCACAGCGCCAAGAAAACUAUGAAACUGAAAUGGAAAGAGAGGCAAUUGAAGGAGUCUGGAAUACAAUCUCAGAUGAUCCAUUAAACUAUCAUUUUUAUUAUCAUAUCUUGGAUGGAGAUGAGGGAGGACGACCCCCAAAGAUUGGGGCUUCAGAUGGACACCAGCAGAUAGAAAACAGAUAUUUUAACUGCAAGGAUAAUUCUUGUUUACAUGCAAUUGUCAAGAGCAACAACAAAGUAAGUUUGAUCCAAAAAAGGAUCAAAAUCAAUAUUUAGAAGAUUCAGUCAUGUGGUAAAAUAUAUAAUGUCAUCAUUAUUUUAAAAUAUUUGGAAAAAAAGGAGAAACAUUCAUAUUUUAGAGGUACAUACUAUUGUAGGGGUUUGAUUUUUAUAUCACUCUUACACCAAAAUUGUUUGUGAAGAAAUCAGAUCUUUAGUUUUGAUUUUUAGGAGGCUUUGCAACAUCCUGUUGUCAGAAUGUUGAUUAAAACAAAAUGGAGAAUCUAUGGACACUUGUUUCUCAGGUACAUUAGUUGUGUUUUCAUGCUUCAUACUGUAUAACUUUGAGGAUUAGCUGUAACAUAUUAAUUCACAUAGAUGUUAAAUUAAUAAUAAUUAUUAUUGAUGUAUCUUUAAGUACAGGUAAUUAAGAAAAAUUUGUUGAGUUUAUUUGUGCCACUAUACACACAUGAGCAGCAAUGUCAUUCAGUCUUAUUAUAGUAUUUCAUGUGAAUGCAUCAUGCUGUUUGGUUUCUCAAUGGUUUACAACAAACAUAUUGCCAAGAACAUAAUGUUUUGUAUCUUCAUUUCAAUUUCUAAUCUUGUGCCCUUCCUCCAUUUUACUUUUGCAGAGGUAAUCAUGAUUACUUUUCCUUUUCUGUAGCCUUCAAGCAGCAUUGUAUUGCAUCUUCUUGCUGUGCAUGUCAUAUUCCUUGCUGCAUGCCUCAACUAAACUGGACCCCACCCAUUACAGCGGUGUGCUGGACUCACUGCGUGGAUUUUGCGAGGUUGUCACUCUACUUAUGGUCGUGUUUUACAUCUGUGAGGAAAUAAAUCAAAUAAAAAUGUGAGUAAUUAUGGUGAUCAAAGGUUAUUGUGCAAAUUUCAUCAAGACCUCCCAUUUGACCCCAUAUCUCAGUGAAUAACCCCACAUCUGGAGGAAAAACACCUCAUAGAAUUUUAGGAGAGAGGCAAAGUAAUAAAAAUUGUUUGAUUUCUUGCAGAGAAAGGCGUUCUUAUUUCACAGAGUGGAUGACCUUGUUUGACUGGUUAGGACUGCUGUUGAUAUUGUGCAUAGUACCGUUACGAUACAUGGAUCAUAAAGCACAGUGGAUGGUGACAUCUUUAGCCUUCUUGUUCAACUUCCUGAGAAUAUUUAAAUUUUCAUGUGUGUCAAGGUAACCUACAACUCCCAACUGAUUACUUGAGUUCGAAAAGAGCACUGAUGAAUUAAAACUGAUCCCUUCGUCAAUCUAACCUAACAUUACAUUAAAUCUUUCCUAGGACUACAGGAUUAUACACACAAACCUUGGCCAAGAUCAUUUUACAUGAUGUAACAAGAUCCAUGGCAGUUUUUAUUGUGAUCUUUUUCUCCUUCUGUGGUGCCUUGACUUUAUCACUUUGUUACUCCGGAUCCAAUGAAAACCAAGAACUUCGGUGCGUCUCUGUUGAGUAUAUCUCCUUAACAAAGCUAUGAAGUUGUUUCGGAGAAAACAAAUUGGGUAUCGUUUCUUACAAGUCAAUAAAAUAUUUGAUAAUUUCUAUUGGAAUUUGUUUAAUUUGAUCUACGCUUCACUAGCUAGAUGUUUUAUUUACUUAAAUUAUUCUCAUCCUUUCUGGCAAAAGCAAUCUACUGAUCGCGGAAUUUGGAUGUUGAAUGUAGCGCGUGAGAAGUGCAAAAAACCCCAACAUUCUAAUUUUAAUUUUUGGUUUUGCCUUUAGUGGUUUUGGAGACGUCUUGAUGAGCGGGUUUCGAGUGCUGUCCGAGCAGUAUCCAAUGGCGCAAAAUUACUCACCUUUCAAGUACGUCACACUAGUCUUUGAAGUUAUUGCUGAGCUUCUCUUUGCGCGUAACGACUGUUACGAUUUGAGUUUUAAAAGCUGGCUCAGGGAAGCUAAGGUCACAAGUCAUAUUAUGUCUGUAAUAAGGGAGCGGUGGUGUUUAGUAAGUCACACAUAUUUUCCUUCAGUAGAUAAGCUUAGCUUUGUGAAUGUUUCUGUCCUGCAGCUGGCUGUCAGUUCUUCUAAUGAUGGCGUAUAUGGGAACAGUGACUGUGAUUCUGCUCAACAUUCUUGUUGCUCAGAUGAGUACGACCUACACACAGGCUAAGAGAGUCGCUCGUCUGGAAUAUGAUGUGGAUCGUAUUUUACAGCUCACGCGCAUGGAGAGAUUUCCUUUUCUGGUGAGUAUCACUUGGUAAUUAAGAUAAAGUCAUUAACAUAUUGACGCUAGGUGUGAUUGCGCGAAUGUGCUGCCCGCCUCGUGCAAGUGUGAAUGAGGGGGUGGAAGGUGAAGGUCAUUGAUUUAUUAUGCAACAACCUUUCUCUCUGCAGAAUUUACGUGUGAAGUUUUACAAAGAAGGAGACUGGAUUAGUGAGAUGAAACUUGCAAAAGGUCGGUAAUGAAAUAAAUGAGACUAGUUAUUAAGACAUACCAUCAGUCACAGGAUGUUGUUAGCUGAAAGGUGGAAUUGCUUUUGGUAAGAAGGACAAAUUUGGCGUGGCUACUGAAAGGAGUGGUGUGGAAACGAAAAGAAGGGCUGUUCACUUUGCUAGCCUUUGUUUUAAUUGGCAAGAGCUCUGUAGCUGUCUGAACAAACAGUUUCAUAUAAUAAUCACUUUCCAUUUCAAUUCUUCGUUGGUGGGUAAGAGGGAGUCUCGUGAAGAGUACGUAAAAGCGAAACAUCUUGCUUUCCGAUGCUAUAAUUCGUAGAAAUUUCAUUGUGUUCUCAGAUGUGAUCUUGGUUUUGCUCACAGAGCUUCUGGAAUUCAGUGAAGAUCGCAGUCCUUGGGAGUCGGUUGAAGAGAAACUUAAUGAUAUCAGGUACGAAUAAUUCCUUCAAUUCCUGCCUUUUCUUACCAUCAGCUUCUUCAUUAACCCAGCAAUGACACAUUGAGCGCUUUGUAUCAAGUGUUGUGAAACCAAAACUAAAUUAACUAAGGGGGUACAUUGCUAAGAAACUGUGGUGCUGCGUCGGUGGGAGAGUAUAACAGGGUAAUUAAGUAUUAUCAACUGAGUUGAUAACGUAGGUUAGCCACCGUAAAGAGUUUCAAAGCUGACGUUUCGAGCGUUAGCGCUUCGUCAGAGCGAAACUAAAUUUGAUACAGCGACAAAUCGGAAGGCAAAUCCAAAAAAAGACAAAAAAAUACAAAAAAAACAAAAAAUCAAUCAAACUGUCCGAAGCGUGGGAAAACAAUUGUGAUCAAGUCUAAAUCUGAUUGAUUGAGAGGAUGGGGCGAGUUUUCAUAACCAAUCAGAGAGCAAAGUGUAACAAAAUUGACGUGUUGGAUUUCCCACGGCUCGUAACUAAACUUUCUUACCCACCCUGCACUUUCAUAUUUUUGUGUAUCAGCGGUUUUCUUUAUUGUGAGUUUCUCAUUUUAGGGAUUUGAUGAGAAAGAUGGUUAAACAGAUGAGGCCUGGACGCGAAUAA